CGUUUGAGUUUUUGUCGUUUUUGCCCAAGUUUUGCCUUCUUUGUUGAUCAUCGAAUUUUUAGUUUAGAUUGCAAUGAUCACUGAUUUUGCAAAAGAAAAGGUAUAUUGGACACGCAAAAUGAAUUUGAAGUUAGUGAGAUACAUACAGACUCGACCCAAUAUUUGGAAUCCGAAACAUCCGAAAUACACUUCUGUGGAACAUAGAGAUCGUACUUACGCCGAAUUUGCUUCGAAAUACGGCGAUGAAUUCACUGGACAAGCAGUAAAAGACCGUUGGACGAAUAUAAGAUCUACAUUUUCGCAUUAUUUACGAAAAUUAAAUGCUAGUCGUGCUAACGAUGGCGCAGAGGAAUAUAAAAUUAAUUGGCACCUUUGGGAAGCUUGCCAGUUUUUAUUAUCAGUGAACAAAAGGGGCCAAAAUGAUUUAUCAGAUGAAGAUGAUAAAAAGGCUAUUGUAAAUCAAGAUUGGGUUAGUGAAGAUGAUGCCUCUCGCACCGAUAACUCCAAAGAUAAUAUGUGCAAAAGUAUUGCUGAAAAUCUUUUUCACAUUUUACAAAGUGCACAAAAUGAAGGACUUAACAACACAGAUUCUACAAAAUAUGGAUAUGUGGGACGGUCUAUAUCAAAAACCUUGUCUCAAAUGAGUUCUUUUGAUGCUGCCUGUGCAUCACAGAAAAUAAUGGAAAUCCUGCUAUUGUAUGACAAAGAUAAUCCAAAUAAUCCUAAUAAUAAAAAUGUAGUAUAUCUGUAAACCUAAAAUUUAUUUUUACUUUCUACUAACAUACUUAAAUAUUUAAAGGACAUUUAGCUUUAUUUAGACUUAUUCUACAUACCUACAAUCAGUUUUCCAAAAGUUGGGAAUAUUAAAGUUAUUACCAGACCUAUAUAGGACGUACCUAAAUGUACUUUUGGUAGGAACAUCGUAUUUAGGUCGCCCCAGCGAGAGUUGUGGCGAUCAUCACCAAAGAGCAUGAUCAUCACAAGCAAAGAAAGAUUUGUAUACAACUACUCUUAUCACGCUGGCGUCUUGCGUUUUCUGCCCGAUUUGUUUGUACUUUAGUCAAUUAAUACAUAGUGGAAGUAAAGUAGGUGAUGUUCGCCUCAACUUUUGUUGCGCUACGUGCAUUUAUUAUUUUGAUUUUGCUAAAACUAGGCAGUAUGAUCUCUGAUCUUAGCCUAUUCCUAUAUUAACGAAAAAGAAUGUUGUUUGACAGUGACAUUUCGAAGUUUUGCCGCGAAUCUAAAAAAAAAUUUGGUGCUUUACAUGUUUUUUUUAUAAUUUCCUUGCUAAUUUUAAAUUCAUUAACCUAUCUACCUAUUCAAAACUUUUGGGUGUUAUUUAUUUUAGAAACGGACAAUAUCAAAUAAUGUUUACAUUUACCGAGUUUAAUUUCGCAGUUGAGAAUGCUGAAACCAAUCCUCAAAACUUGGAUUUUCUUAAUCUUUUAUCUUGUAAAUGGGACGAGGUUCAUGAAAAAUGUGAAGUGUUUCGGUAUAAAAUUAAUAACCUACAAGACAAAGUCGUCGAUGGAUAUUUACUGCAGUUAAACCCAGAGCGGAACUGCAAGAGGCGAACUCCAGAACAAAUAGACAACAUUUGCCAGUCAUUUGAUGGCACGAAAUUCAAUUUUAACAAAGUUUCACCUCAAGAAGUUCUUUUUACAUUUAAAAAAGAUGUUCAAGAUUCAGCUGUCCAUAGUGUUAUCGUUAAUGUAAGCCCAAUAUCUAGAUACCAUAGCCUUCUAUGUCCGUCACUUGAUAAGUGCCUACCGCAAGUUGUAACUGAGGAAAGCUUGGAGCUAGUUAUUAGUCUUAUGUUGCUAGUGAAAGAUCGUGCCUUUCGUAUAGGAUUCAACAGUCUUUGUGGUUUAGCAUCGGUGAAUCACUUGCAUUACCACAUAUUUAUGGAAAAUAAUAUAUUGCCAGUGGAAACAGCUAAAUGUAACCACCUACAAGGGCCUGUGUACUGUCUGAAUCAAGACUACCCCAUCCCUGCCUUUUGUUUCCAAAUACCAUGUGAGGAUUCAGCCACAAAAUCCUCAAAUAUGGCAAAAGACAUAUACAAACUCCUAGAAUACUUGCUACAUAAGUCAAUAGCACAUAACAUCUUUAUAACUAGAGGAGAGAGUGUAGACAGUAGUGAGAAAGAGGUCAUAAGGGUUCUUGUGUGGCCAAGGAAAAGUAGCGCAGGAGUGAAACAGCUCAGUGCUUUUAAUGUGGCGGUGUUAGAGCUGAGUGGCUGGUUCCCAGUUUAUAAUGCUGACGACUUUGAAAACCUACAAGCCGCCGACCUCGAAAAAGAACUUAAGAAGUGGAGGAUAGACAACUUUGAAGAUCUAUGUAAGGAAAUAAAAUCACUGUUUUAGUA